UCCGUGACGCCCUGUUAUGAUUCGAUUCAGCUCAUCGAGAUGCAUUGAACCAUACCAAGGCGUCUCAGUACGUUGGCCUGCUCCCCAAUUAUGCUUUUGCCAUAAUACUUCAGACAAAGACCUACCAAAAAUCUUGCUUCAAUAUUUCGAUUACUCAUAAUCAUAGCUAGGUCGAAUUACGAAUUUGGGAGCAACCUGCGUAGCAACGUCCCUAAUCUUUGUGCUGUUUUUAUUUUCCAAUUUUUUCCCUUAUUGUUGAAACUGAUAAACACACACAAAUUUUUUUUGAUUUUAAUUUUACGUUUUUCUGUGUUUUUCUCUAUUUUUCUCCCGUUAAAUUUUUGUUAAAAAAAUUUUUUUUUCAGAAUUACUUAAAUCCAAAUACUGGUAAAUGGUGUCAAAGUAAUAUUUUGUUCUUCAAUUAUUAAAUUAAAAAAAAAAUUUUUUUCAGAACACAUUUCUGUUGGAGCAUUAGGCGACUCUUUUUAUGAGUAUUUACUUAAAGCUAUUUGACGAAAAACGUGACAAAAAAUUGUGGGAAACUUAUAAAAAUGCAAUUUUGGCAAUAGAAAAUAAACUUUUAUUUAAAUCAAAGCCUAGUAAUCUUUGGUAUUUUGCUGAAAUGAAAGGAACGAGAAUUGAACAUAAAAUGGAUCAUUUGGUGAGAAAAAUUGGUUGA